AUGAAGGCCUUCUCGCUCAUUCCACUCACCUUGGCUGCCUUGUCUUCGUUAGCAGGCGUAUUCGCCCAAUCGUCAGAAGCUGUGGUGUUGAGUCUACAAGCUGUGUCCAAAGCGACCACGAGCGUGAGGGGAACUCUCUCAAGCAUGUCAGACGCCAAUGUCGCCAGAGAAGGGCCGAUAAUAGCCGUUAGCAUGCAGAGUAUCAUCAGCAAUUUAUCCGAUGCCAUCGGUCAGGUCGACGUGGUGGACCCAAAGCCCUUCAAGGGUAGAGAGGCUGAGGAGGUUCUCACCGCACUUACCGGCUUCGUCAGCGGUCAAAAGGAAUUCGUAUCGACACUCAUCAACAAGAAAGCGACGUUCCAGAAGGCGGGACUCACUGGAGACAUAGCCAACUGCUUGCUGGGCUUGCAGGGAGUUACUGAUGCAUACUUCGGCGACGUAAUCAGCUUGAUUCCGAGUCAAAGGGCUGCGGCGACGACGCAGAAAGGUAGUAUAGACUUGUCGCUGGAGGCCGCGAUCAUGGCGUACGCUUAG